AUGGCCCUUGCAUUAUGCCGACUUCAAAUCCGUCAGCAGCGGCUGUACCAGUGUCGACUCGCUCAGCUGUGUCGCAUCUCGACGUUCGAUCUCCGGAAAAAGAGGCAGUCAAGCGAAAAGCUGGGAUUGUUCAACCGCAUGCUGGGAGUUUGCUCGGCCGCGGGAGAUUUCUACGGUGCUGAGCGCAUCUUGCAGCGCGUUGUCAAAACCUCCCUGGAACCGGACUUGUUAACCUUUGCUUUAGUCGUGGCAGCGAGUGCAGAGGCACGAGACGUUGUUCGGGCUGAGCUGUGGUUGAGGCGGCUUUCUUUGAGCAUCUACGCCGAUGCCGCAGGCCAUCCAGAGGUUAUAAGCAGCCUCAUGGACGCCGGCGCUACUGAGCUUGCGCGUGUGGCUGGGCAGCAUGGGCAGCAGGGGCAGCAUGCGCCACAGUCAGGUACUGCAGACAGCACGAACAAUGGGAACAGCACAGGGGAACAAACGACGGACACUCGCUUCUCAUCACUUCUACACACCCUUCGAAAGCAGUGGCAUCUCAACGACGACGACAUGGCGGGAUUUUGGAGACUUUGGGAAGAAGUCUUGCAAGAGCACCGGUUGCAUGGGCUGGUCCCGUCUAGAGGGACGCUUCAUGCAAUGCUGCAGGUGUUGGCGAGAUGCAAUCGGCAAGAGGAGAUUCGAGUCGUUUUAAAGGAUAUGGCAUCCUUUGGUGUUCACGCAAACUCAAUGACCUUUGGCGUGCUGAUCGAUGGGGCGUCCCAGCGCAAGGACGUGAGGCAGGCCGAGGCUUUUUUCCAGCAGGCGCGCCAGCACCUCCUGGAGCCGACGCUGCCGAUGCUAAACAGUUUAUUGAAGGGAUGUGCGGCGGCAGCAGACUUGGCAAGUGCCCAGAAGUGGUUUGAGCGAAUCUACUCCGAAGGCUUAGCUCCAAACACUUUGUCCUUCAACAGCCUGCUUGGUGCGUGCGGAACUGCCGGGGAUGAUCGGCAAGCGGAAUCCGUUUUGCAGGACAUGGUGAAGGCAGAAUUGCGUCCGGACGGUUACAGCUACUUGGCGAUGAUCAAAGCAAACGGGCACAGGAGUGCCAAGGAGGCAGAGCGUUGGCUCUCCACUGCCAUCUCCGCGCGUGUCACUGUGGACACUGGAAUGUUCAAUGCGGUCAUACGUGCUUAUGUCGUGCAUGCAGAUCCUUGGGAAGUGAAGCGAGUGUACUCGGACAUGCAGCGGAGAGAUGUGACGGCCAAUGCAGCCACCUUCCUGUCCGUAGCUCAUGCCCACGCCAUGGAAGGAGAGGUGUCCAAGACUGAGGAUUUCAUCUAUGCCAUUCGCGAGGCGGGGUAUCGCCUUGGCCGCGACGAGUACUCUUGCUUGCUGAAGGCCUAUUCAUGGAAGCCCAACUACCGGAGCCACCGGGCGGAGCGCCUCUUCCGCGAGAUGAUCUCGGAGAACAUCGCCCCCCAUGGGCCAAUGCUCCGAUACCUGCGGCUGGCCAUGGGGGAGGAGCCGGCACAGGCACUUAUCCAGGAGUUGCAGGUGGUCGAUCCAGAGGCGUCCUCCCAAGAAGCACCACCCGCACUAUGA